GUUCGCCCAGACAUCCCACCAGUCCCACGUCUUAUCGAUUUUCGUUGCUUCAACCAUCAAAAGCCGUCGUGUAGCUGGACGUACACCUUCAAAUCCGCGACUGGACGAGGCUUUCCCGUCUUAUCUCCCCAUCGACAGCCAACCCAUCGACUACCAAGUUCGAAUACACUGCGCAAUACCGAGUUGAAUCCCACGAGGAGAAGCAGACAUCAUGCCCGCCCCAACUGCUGCCCUCAAACCUCAGGUCGACGACCCCCCGGCUGCCAGCGCCAAUUUGACAGAAUCCGACCAGAAUGAGGACUUUGCCCUCGAGGGAAUGAAUGAUUUACCAGAACCGAGUGCCUUCCAAGCGCCUGCCACAGCCGAAGGCGAAGACAUGGAAGUAGUCGAUGAGGAGGAUCGGCCGCAUUUCCCCCAGGUCCAGAAUGAUGAUGGCGCAUUCCGCAUUCAGUCCCGCAAAGUUCCAGUACCACCUCAUCGCUUUAGUCCGCUGAAAAGUGCUUGGCCACAAAUAUAUCCUCCUCUCGUUGAGCACUUGAAACUUGCGGUCCGAAUGAAUAUAAAAUACAAGGCAGUCGAACUACGAAACUCGAAGGCAUCGAGUCCAGGUGCCCUUCAGAAGGGCGAAGAUUUUAUCAGAGCAUUUUGCUUGGGUUUUGAUGUACAAGAUGCUAUAGCACUCCUCCGUCUUGAUGAUCUGUACCUUGAGACAUUCGAAAUCAAGGAUGUUAAGACUCUGCAGGGCGAUCAUCUCGCACGUGCUAUCGGCCGAAUAGCCGGUAAUCAGGGAAAAACAAAAUUUGCUAUUGAAAACGCAUCAAAAACGAGAAUCGUCCUGGCAGAUAGCAAAGUGCACAUACUUGGGGCGUAUAAAAAUAUUGCUAUCGCUCGAAGUAGCGUCGUGAACCUAAUUCUAGGAAAACCACCUGGCAAGGUCUACAACAACUUGAGGACUGUAUCAGCACGCAUGAAGGAGAGAUUCUAAAACAAUGCGGAAAGACACCAUUAUCCGGUUGCUGAUCUACACCAGCCAGGUAGAUCACCGGUUAUCAGCUUAAUGCAUUUGACAUUUAUAUGAGCCAACACCGAGUUACAUCAA